ACCCCCCUCCUGCCCUCCAUUCCAUCACCCCCACCUCCGCUCGCUUGCUCAACGGCCUCACUCUCUCUGCGCGGCUUGGCUCGGCUCGGCUCCCUCCGCCGAGCUCAAUUGGUCUUUGCGAGAGGGAGAGAGAGAGAGAGAGGUUAGGCUUGGUUUGUUAGGAGUUCGAAGGAGUUCAUAAGAGGAAGGAGAAAUGGCGGUUUCUAGGAUGUCUUUCGGAGUUGUGGCGGUUGCCGCUGCUGUUUUUGCUGUUCUUGUUGUUGUUUUCUUGCCUGCCGUUCAGGCUGAGUCCGUCGCUCCCGCUCCUGCCCCCACCAGUGACGGGGCAUCGAUCGACCAAGGGAUUGCGUGUGUGCUGAUGUUGUUGGCCUUGGUGCUCACAUACUUGAUUCAUGCAGCGGACAUGCCUAAGAGCUUCUAGAUUUUACAUGAAAAAUGGCUUCUUGUUUAGGUGUUUGAAUUUUUAUGUCAUGGGUCUUGCAGUGUAUGUAGUAGUAGUGGUGUUCUGACUUUUGACAGAUUUGCUGUUGGCCGUUGCCAAUGUUGUUAUUUCUCUAUUGGUGGCAGUCCAAUUCAUCCUCUUUUCUAAA